CAGGCGCCUUAGGUCCUGGUUGCUAUGCGGGUGCUCGUGGGUGGCGGGACGGGCUUCAUUGGGACAGCCCUAAGCCAACUGCUGAAAGCCAGAGGUCACGAAGUGACACUCGUCUCCCGACAGCCCGGCCCGGGUCGGAUCACGUGGGAUGAGCUCGCGUCGUCGGGGCUGCCCCGCUGCGAUGCCGCAGUCAACCUGGCUGGAGAGAACAUCCUCAACCCUCUCCGAAGGUGGAAUGAAGCUUUCCAAAAAGAGCAGCCUCUCAGCUUAGCUGUGCAGCUAAAGCCAAGGGGGGGACCUUCAUGGCAAAGGACCAGGCAGGACCAAGGACAGCCGGAGCAAACCAGCGCUGUUCUAUCGGCAGCUUACUACCAGCCCAGCCUGACUGCUGAGUAUGAUGAGGACAGUCCAGGAGGGGAUUUUGACUUUUUCUCCAACCUCGUAACCAAGUGGGAAGCUGCUGCCAGACUUCCUGGAGAUUCUACACGCCAGGUGGUGGUACGCUCUGGGGUUGUGCUGGGCCGUGGGGGCGGUGCCAUCGGUCACAUGCUGUUGCCCUUCCGCCUUGGCCUGGGGGGCCCCAUCGGCUCUGGCCAACAGUUCUUCCCCUGGAUUCACAUUGGGGACCUGGCAGGAAUCCUGGCCCAUGCCCUUGAAGCAAGCCACGUGCAGGGCAUCCUGAAUGGAGUGGCUCCAGCCUCUACCACUACAAACGCUGAGUUUGCACAGGCCUUAGGCACAGCCCUAGGCCGCCCAGCCUUCAUCCCUCUCCCUAGCACCGUUGUGCAAGCUGUCUUUGGGCAAGAACGUGCCAUCAUGCUGCUGGAGGGCCAGAAGGUGAUCCCACGGCGGACACUGGCCACUGGCUACCAGUAUUCCUUCCCAGAGCUGGGGGCUGCCUUGAAGGAAAUCAUAGCCUAAGUGGGGAGGUUCAUGGUAGGGCCUAAGGCCUCAAUAGAGGCUUCCCCGUUAGAGACUGUGAAUAGGUCAGGUACUCCUCUGAGACCUACAACCUCUUCCUUUUUCUUUCUCAUUCUUCUGUUGCUGCACUUUAACUGACUGCCCACUGUUUUGAGGUUGCAAUUUUAUCUAAUUGGGACCUUAACCUCUUCAACUCCUUGUAAAAGAACUUCCAAGUUUGGUUUCCCUGUGUGUCCCAUUCCUGCCCCAUUUCUCUUUUGCUAUGUAAUGAAUGCUCUACAAUUUAGGCAAUAAAGAUAAAUUAUCUCA